GAGUCAUGGAAGAGAAUUCGCAUUUUUCCCAUAAAAUUUACAAAAAUGAUCCCUUAUUAUUUAAGAGUUACGUUGGUAAAGAAGUGAACAUUUCAACUGAAGAUAAUAACACGAUUUCUGGUAUUGUUUAUACGGUUGAUCCAGUAUCAGAAAGUAUUGUACUCCUACAAGGCUGCCAACAAAAUAAUUUAAAAAUUGUAUUUGGCCAUGCGAUAAAAAAUAUAGAGAUCUCUCCAAACCAAUUAUGCGAAUUACCACAAUUGUUUAUGAACGCACCAACAAGUAUUCUUCGAUCAACAGUAGAGAAGCGAAAAAGUGCUGUAAUAAAAUUAUUGCAAGAAAAUAGAUUCCCCGUAAAAGAACAGAACGAUAUUUUAACGAUAGAAAAUGUACUUUCAAUAAAACCACCGUAUGAACCCGCCGAUUGCAUUUGCGAUAAUAGCAUUAUCUUGGGAAGAAUUCAAAAUCUUCUUUCCCGUAUACAAAUUUAAUGUACCAACGUCUCCUAACAAUAUUUUACCUCUUUUUUAAUUAAUUAAUGAAAUAAUAGUGUUAUAUUAAUAAGAAUAAUACAAAUUGUAUUUAAAAAAUUGCUUUAUUUUUUUUAAGUUGAAUUAUAUUUCUUUUUUUACCAUAAAA